AACACAAACUCAAAUCAGUUAAGAAGAUGCUUAUGUCGACAAACACACUCACACACUUCAUGCAUCCGUCUCACUCUCACCAACUCACCGAACACACAGCAGAUACCAUAUUCCUAUGUGAUGGGUGCAAGAUGUAUGGAACAGGCACAAGGUUCACUUGCCCACCCUGCAAUUUUAACCUACACGACUACUGCGCCAAAUGUCCCCCUUCGCUCCCUUUGACUGUAAACCACCCCCACCCAAUGACUCUUGUGGACUACAAACCUCAACACAAUCAUACCGAUCCUUGUAAAAUCUGUCGUAGCCCAAUUCAAGGUCUUGCAUACAUGUGCGAAAACUGCGACUACUGGAUCCAUCCUCCUUGUGUUUUGCAUUACUUAGGUCUCCGAUACUUCAUACAUCCCUCUCACAAUCUCACUGAAUUCACGGCGAAUACAGACUACGUAUGUAAUGGAUGUCACAGCAUUGGAACCGGAAAGCGAUUCACUUGCAGCCCCUGUAACUUUGAUUUACAUGAAUACUGCGCCAACUCUCCCACUUGGCUCCAUUCAACUCAGAUCCACCAUCACCCACUGAGUCUUUUUAUCGACAAACACCAGCUCGACAAGACCAAAUUUUGUCAAAUCUGUCGUACUGUUAUUCACGGUUUUGCUUACGAGUGUAAGGGCUGCAAUUUCUGGGUUCACUCACUCUGUGCUUUGCGUAAUAUAGGACACGGACAUGGUGGCCAAUCCAGUAUUUUCAACCAGGGGCAAUCGUAUACACAACAAGGUAGCUUUCAAGUAUCUCAGCCUAUGCGGCCACAGACAGUACCUGCAAACUGGAUUUCGAAUGGGGCCUCUUCCUAUAGUCCUCAAACAACGGGAGGUGACGUGGGAGAUGGGAAUGUUCUUUAUGAGCUCCUCAAUAUGAUUAAGUGUUUCUGUGAAAGUAUUUUUUUGAGCUAGAGGCUUAUGGUAUUUGGAUUAUUCUUCCCCCGUAAAAUUAAUGCUUUUUAAUUUUC